AUGUGUCCGAGAGUAACAUUGGCUGGGUACAGUAUCCCACAUCCUUCCCUUGAAUGUGUCAAUGUCCGUGUCCAGACAACCGGUGAUCCAGCUAGGGAGGUUUUGAAAGAUGCAUGUCAAGAGCUCAUGCUCAUGAACAGACAUGUGAGGAGUGUCUUUCACAAGGCGGUUUCAGAGUUUAAGGAAGAACAUGCACGUUUGAAGGCUGAAGAAGAAGAACUUAAGAAGCAGAGGGAUCUACUUGAGUCCAUGGACUUUGAAAGCAACUAAUGUCUUAAGAACUCCAUGGAGUUGGUCUUGUCUGCCUUGUCUUAAAUCCAGAUUUUUCAUGAUAAAAAUAAGCUACAAAUUAUUCUAAUUAGUGAUUAAUGAGCAAAGAACAAAUGUAUUAGCAAGAUGUUUAAAGGACUGAUUGUGUUUAAGCAAAAUAGACGAUAAAAUGAUUCAUGAUAAACCCUUACUCCGAGUACAUAAACUAGUAAUGAAACCGGUAGAUACAGAAACUAUAAUAAAAGCUUAGUAGAAAUUUCGAAAAG